GGGCUUCCCAGCCCGGCAUCCUUAGAGCAGCCAGUCUUCUAGGCUCCCAGAAGCACUCCCCCUCCUCCGCUCGCUCCGCCCCCAGGCGUGAGGGGGCCUGGAGAGUGGUUUACAGGAAACACUUUAAAACAGCUUAGCCAGUGGAACCGGGCGAGCGGAGCGAGGUACAGCGGCAGCUUCCACUCCCGGGCACCGGGCUCCAGCGCGCUCCACCCUGGGCAUGGUAGCUCAAUGGAGCCGAGGACGGGGAGCUAGCGCGCCCUAGAUGCCCAGGCUGCUGCCGCCGGGCCUCUCCGUGAUCAGCCUCAGCCAGCUGCUCUAGCUUCAUUCUCCUUGGGGGUGAGGGGUCGGAAGUCUGUUCUCCAGAGUUCGCCUAACCUCAGUGGGGAGCCACGGCAGGUCCUGCCACGUCCCUCCGUGCCCGGCAACUGCUAGUGCAGGAUCUCGUCUGAUCUGUGAACAGUAAAAAAGGCGACCCUCCAGCCUUCAUAAAAGAUGGAAGCCGAGGCAGGGACGACCUGUAUUGUGCAGCCUCAUUGUCCUCCAGAUGAGUUUCCUUGCCAGAUGAGACUGACUGAGAAGAUUGCUCCAGUGAAGACUUGUUUCAAGAAAAAACAAGUUCAGAAGCGGCUCAGCACAGGAACCCUAAGAACCCUGAGGCCAAUAUUAAAUACUUUAUUAGAAUCUGGGUCACUCGAUGGAGUUUUCAUGCCCAUGAACUCAAGUGGAAAUGGUGACAGCAGCCUGUGCCAGCCAGUUGUGAAAAAGGCAUUGGGAAUGAAUUCCCCGUGCCCACCAGUGGGCAGUGGGAUGAGCAUUCUUCUCUCUGGAGGGUCGGAUGUCAGGAAUCAAAUCCCAGAAGCCGAUCCCUCCUCAGAGGAUACCGAACAGGUAGUGCCAUCCCAAGACCACGGCUUUUCGUCAGAGACCACCAGUGGAACAGUGCCCGAUCCUACUGGCCAGCCCUUCCAGGAUCCCCUCCUGCACACAGCUGCCAGCGAUGUCCCUGUUAGUCCUGACUGCACAGAAAAGGCCAUGGAUUGUGUUCCUGGUUUAUUUCAACAGGACAACUAUGCCCUCCAAUACAACUUCAGCACCAGCAACAAGUUUAAUACUGGCCUCUUCCAGGGUAAGAGCGAGGAGGCUUCCCUCGAUCUGGUAUUCGAACUGCUGAACCAGUUACAGUAUCACACGCACCAGGAGAAUGGGAUUGAGAUUUGUAUGGAUUUCUUGCAGGGCAGUUGUGUGUAUGGCAGCGACUGCUUGAAGCAUCACACGGUCUUGCCCUACCAUUGGCAGGUCAAGAGGACGGCAAGUCAGAUGUGGCAGAGUGUAACCAAUGAUUCUCAGGAGCACUUGGAAAGACUCUUCUGCAAUCCCGACAACGACAGAGUUAGACUGAAGUACAGGGGGCAUGAAUUCUGGGCGGACUUGAAUACGAUGAGCGUGUAUGAGACAACCGAAUUUGACCAGAUCCGGAGACUGUCCACCCCGUCUUCUUUCAACGCCAGCUCCAACUACCACACCGUCUGGAAGUAUUUCUGCAGAGAUCACUUUGGCUGGCGAGAAUACCCAGAGUCUAUCGUUCAACAGUCUGUCAUUCGACUGAUAGAAGAAACCAGCUUCCGGGGCCUGAGGGAGGUCCGAUUCUCGAUGUUGCAUCACCAGUACAUUCUGAACAUCAAGGAUAACUACCAGCAAAGCAUCUUCUCCCGAAGGAUAAUGAAAAAGAGACCCCUCUUGAGAUCCUGUCUGGUGCUGAUGCCUUAUCUCCAGACCCUCGGUGGGAUGCCUCUCUCGCCUCUUCCGGCAGCUGAAGCCGCUUCGUCCCAAGUCCUCUGUCCAUCUGUAGUUACCUCGGCAAACUUUUAUCCAGAAACCUGGAUUGCUAUGGAUCCAUCUCAGGACUUCAUCCAAGUGCCUGUUUCCAAGGAGGACAAAAGCUACCGAACCAUUUAUAAUCUCUUUCAUAAGACUGUGCCUGAGAUUAAAUACAGGAUCUUGAAAAUACUGAGAGUGCAGAACCAGUUUCUUUGGGAAAAAUAUAAAAGGAAAAAGGAGUACAUGUCCAAGAAAGCCAAUGACAUUAGCAGAAUAAUGAACGAGCGGCAUCUCUUCCACGGCACCUCCCAAGACGUGGUGGAUGGCAUCUGUAAGCACAACUUUGACCCACGUGUGUGUGGCAAACAUGCCACCAUGUUCGGACAAGGCAGUUACUUUGCAAGGAAGGCGAGCUAUUCCCACAGCUUCUCGAAGAGGUCCCCCAAAGGGGUGCAUUUUAUGUUUCUGGCCAAAGUGCUAACUGGAAGAUACACAGUAGGCAACCACAAUAUGAGAAGACCUCCUCCGGUGAAUCCAGACAGCAUCACCAGUGACCUGUAUGACUCGUGCGUGGAUAAUUACUUCGAGCCUCAGAUUUUUGUCAUUUUUAACGAUGACCAGAGCUACCCGUAUUUUGUUAUCCAGUAUGAAGAAGUCAGUAACACCGUCACCAUUUGAAAUUCCUCGAUACCGCUAACUUAUUGAAAUAAGUCCUGUCCAGCGUUUGUAGCCAGUUUCCAGGGUGGGAAGGGAAGCAGUCUGGGAAGGGAGCGCUAAAAAGAAGGCAUUGGCCAGAGCUUUGCAUGAUGCCGUUUCUCCUUUUUGUCUUUUUUCCUUCUUUGUUUUUCUUUUGUCUCCUUUCUCUGGACUGUUCCCUAGGUUUUGCCCUUCACAUUUCCCUUCCUUUUCUUUUCUUUUUUUCUGCUUUUGUCUUCUCCUUUUGCGUUGCCCAUUUUUCCCUCGUUUUUUUUCCCCCAGAGCUUUCAAACAAAUGACUGGGAAUGGAGCUCAUUUCUAAGAAACCUCAGAAACACACAUACCACAAGUCUGAAAAAUGACCAGCUACAGGCUGGUUGGUUAUUUGCUAAUUGCUCUCCAUGUACUCUAGUUGGAAGGUAUGGCUGAUGAGACUGUCCUGUGUACAGAGAAUCGUGAUGCCAACUUUGGUUGAAAAUGGAGCUAAUUAAUCCUAACAACCGAAGUACAGAAUUAAUGGCUUAGGCCAGAGAAAGGUUAAAAGAGGGACAGAAUGAUGGAUGUCACGGUUGUAGAAAAGAAGUAUGGACCAUUGGCUUCAGGUCCUGUGGCCUCAGUUGCUUUAGCACAGGUGAGAAGAACAAGCUAGCAGAAAAGCAUUAGAUGGUAAGAUCCUUGAGGGCAAGGACUGUCUUUUGUCCCUUUUGGCAUCCCCAGCACUUAGCACAGUGCCUGGCACAUAGUAGGCGCUUAAUAAAUGUUUAUUGAUUGAUUGAUUAGUGACCAGGUCCGAUAGAAUUCUAUGUGUUUCUAUGGGAAGUCACCCAGGAUUCCAUGGAAAACCAGAAUUGUCAGUGCUUUGAGAAAAUGCUGGUCACCAGCCAGUGAUAGGCCAUGUUAGCAUUGCUUUGUUAGAAAUUGGCAAAAGAAAUCUAUCCCAUUCACCAACCACAAAUGGAAGAAGAAAUAGGUAGUUCGUUGACUCCAAGUCAGAAGUAGUAGCAUCGCUGCCUGGAACAGCCCUGAGCUCCUUCUCCCCCAUUCUCCCUUUGGACCUCCUUUGUGUGAUUCAAGGCACAAGCCCUACCUACCUUGCAGAGAUGUGAGCCCUGCUUGGGCAAGGAAGUCCUGUGGUGCCACGUUCCUAUUGGGCACUCGAACAAUUUGCUGGUUUGAAUUCAUUAGUGGAAAGAGAAUGUUUCCAAUUCCUAACUUGAGGUGGUUUUUUCAGAUGCAAAAGGACACUCUGGGGCACGCAGGGUAUGACCCCAGCCCUUCACACUACUUAAAUAUAGAAACACAGCCUUGCUGGGGUGCAACUAAUUAAGGGAGUAUGUAGCUAUGGCAGCGAGGCGGGUACCGACUCCAUGAGUCCUCCACCUUAGGCAAAUCUGUGAGGCCAAGAUAUGGAUUGAUUACAAACAGAUCAAAUAGGAUUGGAAAAAGGAAUCCUUCCAACACCAGGUCCCCCCCCACCCCCACCCCCCAGCGCAUUAAAAAGCAAUUCAAAUGGCUCCCAGUUUUUCAGGUUAUGGAAAAGCAAAGGCAUGCAUGUACUGAUUUCUCAGUGAAUUGACUUGAAUGAGCAAUGGACAGGGCUUGUACACAACUGACUUCUCUGCUCCAGCCACUUCAGGACAUGGCUGCCCAUGACCGUGAAAUGACCACAUGUGGCUGAAAACUUGAGAGACGCUUGCACUCGCUUUGACAGAACAGUGAUUCCCAACAUUCUUUGUAAUUGUAACAGUCUUUCCUUGUACGUUUGAUUCUGUGACAUUCAUUCAUUCAUUCCUCCCCUUCCCACCCCAAAGAAAAAUGCUUGUAUAUCUUAUUUAUUUUUUUAAUAAAAAGGUGAAAUAAGUUUGUUGUGAAGGUAUUUCUCAAGAUUUUCUGAUUCUCCCUGGAAAAAAAGUAAAGAUGCUUUUCAUUGUUGGAAAACCAAGGACUGGGAUUCGUGGGCAGACAUGCCACUAAAAUCACCCACAUCCCAUCGUUUGGCCCUUGUUGUCAAGCCCAAGAUAUGUAGUAAUCAAUAGGAGUGACUGUAACUUAAAAGUUAUUUGGAAGUAUUUGCUUUUUCAAGUCAUCUCUGUUCUAGAGUCAUGAUUUAGUUGUGUGGAUGAUGUACUUCAGCACCUCCCUGCUUUAGAUUGUGUCAUGAGUGACUAUUGCUGAAAAGUUAUUACUUGGUAAUUAGCUCUGUUUUUAGGGGUCCUCCAGUUCUCCAAAUUUCCCUAGAUCCUGAGAUGACAGAGAAGCUGGACCUAAAGCCUCACCCACUUUGUAGGACCUACCAGAGCUUGUGCUUGGAUUAUAUGGUCUUCAAAAAUCCCAGGUCUCUUCCAGAUCAUGGUGGAAGUUUGUACCACUUAUUAAUGUAGAAAUAAGAAGUCAUAUGCAUUCAAUUCUAUAAUGCUUUCUUUUAGGUAAUGAUAUUCACUCAACAAUAAUUGACUAUAAGACUAUAGGUUCCAGAGGGAGAUAUUGUAGAUGAAAGAGCUCUCUAAUUAAAUAAAUACAGAUAUCACUGGGCAUCCUCUUCCCACUCCCAUUUCAUGUUUUUAUUUUUAAAACAGCCUAUAGUUUGUGAUAUAAUUUUUGGCAAACUGGGACUCUGUGGAGCUGACAUUUAAAUGUAUCUAUAUUUCAAGUAUUGGAGACUGCAUGCCACUGAUCAAGUCCCUCUUCUUAUCCUUGGGCACCAAUGACCAUUUUAGAUUGUCUUAACUAUGGUUAAUGGUUCCUUAGGAAGAAAGUUCCAUGUUCUCCUUUAGUAACAAUGGGAUGUCUUGAUGUUUUGCAGGCAGGAAACAUUUCCUCAUGUGUACGGAGUGUACAUAUUGUAUCUGUUGUACAUAGUAAAACAACAACAACCUUGUACCUUUUGUUUAUUAAACUAUUUAUGUUAGUAAACAUUUAUGUUUGAAAAA